GAUCUGAUGGCUUCGACCCUCAUGUUGCCAUGGCUUCCUACCAUUAUCAAGGAAUUGUGUGAAAAGGAUGUGACUUUGGUUGCCAUUAGGCGGUUCGUUCAUACCAAGAUCUUAGGUGUUCAUGAGGGAGCAGAGCUAUCAACCCGUGAUGCCUCAUUUAUUGGCAGUAUUUCAAGUUCACUCAUGUCGCUAGCUCAAUACGUCUCCUCUUCCACUUCGGGUACCAUGUCUGAUUCUCUCGGUCGUAAACCCGUCCUCCUCACGCUUCACACUCUAGGUAUCAUUUCGUACUUGCUGUGGUCAGCUUCUGGUGCCUCUUUCAUUUGGUUCGUGUUGGCUCGCAUUUUGAGUGGCCUAUCACGUGCCAACGUCGGCGUGCUCUCGGCUAUGGUCUCAGACGUCUCGGAUCGGGAGACGCGAACCCGCGGUAUGGCUGCUGUUGGUGUCGCAUAUUCCAUUGCCUACUUGGUUGGUCCUCCAGCCAGUGCUUGGCUUCUGGGUCACCUUUUUUUCAACUCUGAGGUCGGUGUCAGCGUCCUUGAUCCUCACAUCGGUUUGGCUGCCGCCUCACUUGCUGUUCUUGACUAUAUCUUCCUACUUUCAUUCCCAGAGACUGCAUCUGUGCAGGAUAAGAACCACGAUGGCGCUGAGGCUAAAAAGGAGCGUGCCUCAAGGCGAUCAUUUUGGCAGUCACUUAGACUGCUUAAUCCCUUGGAACUCUUUCGUUUCCGCAACAUUGAGGAUAAAAUUUUGCAAGCGAAAUUGCAGCAAAUGGCACAAGUGUUCUUCUUUAACAUGCUUCUCUUCUCCGGUCUUGAGUGCUCUCUUCUAUUCCUUGCUCAACUUCGAUUCGGUUAUACCGGGUGA